GAGCAGCACUGUCGGGGUGGAGGCUGGGAGGUCGGCAGCAUGGGAGGUGUUCACGCUGGUGAGAGGAUGGCAGGAGUUUUCUCCUAUGAGAGUUCAGAAAUCGACUGGUGUGAAGACAACUACAGACACUCUGAGCAUGUGGUCGAGUCCUUUAACACACAGAUGAGCAGCUUUAUUUUCUUCAUCAUUUCUCCCAUCAUGCUCUACCUUUUGCACCCUUACGCCAAAGAGAGGAACUUGGCGAUCCACCUGGUGUGGGUCAUGAUGAUUUUUGUAGGGCUUUUCUCGGCAUACUUCCACAUGACUCUUAGUUUUGUUGGUCAGAUGUUGGAUGAACUCUCGAUCUUGUGGGUGUUGGCAGUUGGAUAUGCGGUCUGGUUCCCUCGCAGACUCUUCCCUUCCUUUAUAAAAGACAGGUCCACAUUUUCAAAGCUCGUCCUGUUGGUUACUGUCAUCAGCUCCGUGUCAUCAUUUGUCAAACCCACAGCUAAUGCCUACGCUUUAAACUGCUUCGGCCUCCAUCUGCUUUACACUCUGAUUAUGGAGAUGAAAUGCUGCACUGACCAGAAGGCUCUGCGUCUCGCCAAGCUGUCGGUCGCUCUGUGGGUGCUCGCCAUCUCCUGCUGGCUCAGUGACCGCUUUGGCUGCAGUUUCUGGCAGCGGAUCAACUUCUGCUACCUGCAUGGUUUUUGGCACAUUCUGAUCGUGAUAGCUGUAGCCUACGGCAGCACCCUCAUAGCGUACCUGGAUGCCAACUACGAGAUACCAUACUCGCUGCCUGGACUGCAGUUCUGGCCCUGUGAUAAAUGGGCUGUUGGGUUACCUCACAUUGUCCUGAAAGGCACCCCCAAGACUGAGAAACGGUGCUGACGACAUUAAAAUCAAAUUUAACUCUGGAAGAAUAUAUCUAUUAGUUUACUCAACUAAUGAGUAAAAUCCCUCAAAUCCAGUGUCAGAGUAGAGUAGUUGCGGCUUUCCAAAGCUUUCCAAACAUCAAAGAGCACUUAGGACAAACUUUACUGUCCAAAAAGAAAAGAUGGCACAUGUUGGUUGCUUUUGCUACUUUAAGCUUUUUGAAUUUAAUUUAUUUAAAACAUGGCAAUGAGACAUUUAGCUUUGAUUUUAAAAUGAAAUACCUCUGGAGGGCACUGUGUAUGAAUACCUAAAUCCAUCAGUUUAAAAAUAAUAAAAUUUAAAGUACUGUAAGUAACACAUGUGUAAGUUACAUAUUUAAUGUUAAUCUUAAUAUGUAACUUAUACAUAUAUAAAAUAUAUGAGUGCAUACACAUUUUUAAUCAUGCUAUCAACUUAAAAUAUAAUAAAUAGUAUGGUAUUUAUAUGAUCGCAGAUUACUUUUUAGCCUUUAGAUUUAUAGUUCUAACACAGUAGCACAGGAAGAGCACUACUUCAACUGGAAACUUUGCCCUUAAUUUUGCUCUUCAAGAUAUGGUUGUUUUAUUGAUGCACUUACUUGAACAUUAAAACCUAUAAUCAUAAUUUCAAAAUACUAUUUGAGCCAGGUGGCUGCAGGCAGAACUUUUGGUUUUAUGUGCAUGUGAUGUAAGUGUUUUUGUUUUUCUUUUGUUUUUUGUGAGACAUUUUUUCAGUUUUUAAGACAAUGACCUUUAUAAAACUGUGUGCAGUGAUCUUGGAUGAUUGACAAAAAGAGGAACACUUUUUGGACAAAUGUGUAAAUGUGUGUGUGUGUGUGUGUGUGUGUGUGUGUGUGUGUGUGUGUGUGUGUGUGUGUGUGUGUGUGUGUGUGUGUGUGUGUGUGAUCUUAUUUUGUUUUUCAGGAUACAAAUGCACUGUCAGAUAUCCCAGUGACUGUAUGUUUUCUUGUGAUAAAAUUAUUGCUUUACCAAGACAGCGAAAAAAAGCAAACAAAAAAGAAAUCUUGGCAUUAAACGCUACAGAGAAACAUGUUUACAUUUAAAAUACCUCAGUGUUUGACAUCCAUGUGCCCUGUCCUCGUGGUUAGUGUGUGCUGAGUAACCUGAGCUUUUACUCCCAUUUUUAGUAAGUAUGAACUGUAACAUUUUAAUGACAUUUCAGUUAUGUCUCUGGUCUGUUUCAGAGAGGAAAUGGUGCAGUUUGAUUCAGGAAAUUUGACUCUAGAGUGCAUUUGUGCAUUUGGACAUGCCAGGCCCAGAACAACCUGUUACAAGCCUUUCCUUCAGUUGAGAAUAUUCAGGGAUGUUGUGCCUCCAUUCACAUGCGCUUUCCCGAAGCAGACAAUAGAUCAUUUAUGCAAACAAACAGACAGGUGUGCUCUUCACUUUAGUGUACAACACUGACCUCCUGUGGACAAAGAGAUAUCAGCAGCUGGUGAUAGCUUAGAGCCAUGUGUCAAAAUAGGAUUAAUUUCCUUUAUGGCAGAAUAAAUUCUCCAGUAGUUUACUGUUGUGACUGAAAACUCUUAGUUUGCUUCCAAAACCUGUGUGUCCAAGUCCGGGGUCACUAGGAGCAUAGCCAGGGUACACCCUGUGUGUUUUGGGUUUUUUUUGUAUUUUUGGGGUGGAAAUACUGGAAUUUUUUUUAGGCUUCACUGGGUCAAUAAAAAUCCCUCAAAUGGAACAAUCAGAGGGCAGUGAGUUACCUUUAUUGAAACUGCUCAUGGCUGAUAUUCGGUCUAAGGCCAGAGAAAGGUUAAGAUCAGCUCCACUACAUAAUUUAUAGACAGAGAUAUGUUUUGUAUGUGUUACCUUGCUAAUAUAUUUGUUCAAAUUGUAUGGAAGGCACUGCAUGCUGGGAUUCAGCUAUAUUGUUUUUAUUAAU